AUGACUGCUAUGGUUCCCACAGUUGUGCUGGAUACGACACUCAACGACCUCUACCGCCUUGACAACGAGAACGGAUACCAGCCGACUCUUAUCCAUGCUCCGUUUCAAGUCCAUCACUGCUCACCUACCACCAAGUUCAUAUACCACUCUGGCCUACGAGUUGCUGCACCCGUCGUCGACAAUGAAGCAGUUGUCAAGCUUCGUCUCUGGACUAGCCCUCAACGACAUUUGUUUGCUGCAGGAAGCAUGCCAGCCGUCAUUGUUAUAUCGGGUCAGCGAGAGUGUGAGCUAGCCACGAAUACCGUGCCCUUCUUGCCUGCGGAAGACUUCCAAAAGAGCGUUGCCGUAUUGCCACCAGACCAGAGGCCCAUAAUCACAUUCCGUGCAAACCCGGAUGGAUCAAUUCUCAGCGCCAACUCAAAAGUUGUCCUGAGUCGCCCUACCGAUUGCCUAGAGCAUUUACCGCAUCUCAUUGACCCGGCAGUGCACUAUGAGAUCCUAUCAAAGCGUGGGUUGGCGUAUUCCGAUUUGCCUUCGCCACCUUCAACUGUGAUUGAUACAAUUCUCCCACCUCACAGAUUGCAAGAUUCAGCAACAACUUCUAGAGAAGCUACUCGGAUGGCAAGUACUCUCGACUCAUACAAAAUGCCAUUCGUGGUUAAACUGCCCCAGUCAGCCGGGAAAGGUACUUUCAUUCUCUGGACGGAAGCUCAACGUUCUCAGCUCAAAGAAAUACUCCAGCUCCAGCUGGAGCACAUGCUUGAGCAGUUGACAGACGCCAACUACGACAUGCACCCCUGUUCUUUGGUCCUCCAGGACUAUAUUCCAGGGAAAGUCGUGGCUCUUUCGCUAUUUAUCACUCGUUCGGGUCGUCCAAUCUUUGUCGGCUGCUGCAAACAAAAGUUUAAUGGUGAUGGGCAUUGGAUUGGUGGCUCCAUCUCCUACAGGCGCCAAAAUGAGUUCCGCGAACGCUAUGCUGACUGCAUGAACCAGACAGCAAAGUUUUUACACAAGAAGGGAUACUGUGGACCUUGCGGCAUUGACAUUCUUACUAGCACAUCUGGAAAGCAAUACAUUAUCGACCUCAACGCUCGCAUUACGGGAACGUUCAACCUCGGUUUGGUCACCGGCCACUUUGCACAGCGGGGUCUGGGCAAGGCCAUGUUGAAUGCGAUGUAUUUUUCCUGUUCGAGGGCUGAAUUCGAGCAGCACUUCGCGGCUGAACUUCAAGAGGGGCGAAUUAUUAUUACAGCCUGGACAUAUGACGCGUCAAUUGCGCUGAGCUAUGGAGUCUUCAUUAUCGGAGGCACCAACAGCUCAGAGAUCAAGCAACAACUGAUGCAAGUUCUGAGUUAUGCUGUUCUAGAUAUGGAUGGAGUCAUAGAGUGCUAG